UUCUUGUCACUGCGUCCCUCUCAUUACUCGCCUCUAGGUGGAUAGGCCUGCUAAGCAUGACUGGCAAGAUUCGUGCUUCGGUCGUCCAGGCAUGUACCGCUGCGUACUCUUUGGCUGACACACUAGACAAACUAGAGCGAUUUGCCCGCAUUGCGAAGGAGCGUGAUGGCGCACAACUCGUCGUUUUUCCGGAAGCUUUCAUCGGUGGUUACCCUAAGUUCUCAACGUUUGGCGCCACUGUUGGGGAACGCAGACCGGAAGGCAGAGACGAAUUUCUGCGAUAUUACAACGCUGCAAUCGAAGUGCCCUCACCAUCUGUGUCCAGAGUCGAAUCGAUCAGCAGGGAACUUGGCGUAUUCCUUGUGGUAGGCGUUAUCGAGAGGGAUCUCGGCACAUUAUAUUGCACGGUGAUAUUUGUCGACCCCAUCCAAGGCUAUGUGGGCAAACAUCGCAAGCUAGCCCCGACCGCAAUGGAAAGAAUUAUAUGGGGGCAGGGCGACGCCAGUACACUCACUGUAGUGGACGCAACGUUUGGUCAGCCCCAAGUCGCUGAACCCACGAAGGCGAAGUUGUCUGCUACCAUCUGCUGGGAAAAUUAUAUGCCGCUGCUUCGAACAUUUUACUACUCACAGGGCACCCAAAUCUACUGCGCUCCAACUGUUGAUGCGCGGCCGGAAUGGCAACACACAAUGAUCCACAUCGCGCUUGAAGGGCGCUGUUUCGUCCUAUCGGCGUGCCAGUAUGCAGAAGAAAAGGACUAUCCGUCUGACCACGCUGUCGCUAAUCCGGAUAAACGCGAGCCUGGCAAUAUUAUGAUUGCAGGUGGUAGUGUGAUUGUCAAUCCUUUGGGUAAAGUUCUUGCGGGCCCUUUGUUGGGACAGGAGGGUGUCCUCUCUGCAGAAUUGGAUUUAGAUGACAUUCCUCGGGGUAAAUUUGACUUGGAUGUUACAGGCCAUUACGCCAGACCAGAUGUCUUCCAACUGACUGUGGCUGGUCAUUAAUAACUAUCCAUUGCUGUAUAGUUCUAUUCAAAACAAUAGUAUACUCAACACGAGGCUUACUUUUUUGGUUCCGGUUAGAUAAACAACGCUUUGACCCAGGGACCACAGUCGGAACCUUUUUACCGACCUUCCGCUAUUCCGCAUACAUCUUACUCGUUAGGACUGCUCAUCCUUUUGCCAUGCCCAAAUACGCCUUUCCACCUCCACCUCCGCUUCCUCGUUCACCAUCCACAUCCUCCACAUC